ACGUGAAGCCGCGCCAACGCGCGUAAAAGGGCGCAGUCAGAGCGAGAUUGGGUCAGCUGUCUCCUCGGGUCCCCCCGUUCAGCCAUGGCUUCGACAGCCAGCGCCGCCCCAGGCACGGAUGACGGCGGCCGCAGGAAGCCCCGCCUGGCGGCGUCGUUGCAGAUCAACCCCAGGCCCAGCCCCUGGCAGCCCUCAGCCAGCCUGGGCCAAGACCCCUGGGAGCCCGCGGUCGCCCCCAGGGCGGAGAACGACGACGACAGGGACGGGCAGCCCCAGGCCUCGGCAGCACUGGACGGGCCCGCCGGAGACCUCCCGAAGGCGGCCGGACAGCUGGGCCUGCAGCUCAAGGACCCGCCGCCGGGCCAGGCCGUGGCCUUGCUCACGCAGUACGCAGCCAGUCUGGGCGUCUCCCUGGUCUUCCGAGAGGACCAGACGGCAGACCCCUGCCUCCCGUUCUCCGUGUGCGCAGAGGUGGAUGGCCUGCUCUGCCCCUCGGUCAAGGCCAGCAGCAAGCCGGAGGCCAGACAGCAGGCGGCGCUCUCCGCCCUCCGCUACAUCCGGAGUCAGCUGGGGAGCCCAGAGUCCCCAGAGACCCCCAGCAGGCUUCCACUCUAUCCUCUGAGUGUAGAGAACAUCCUGACCCACGAGCAGCGCUGCGCGGCCAUAGUCAGCGCCGGCUUUGACCGUCUGGUGGACAAGACCUCCCCAUACUGGGCCUGUAAGGGCACUGUGGCUGCGGUCAUCCUGGAGAGAGGUAGGGCUUGCCCCACCCCGCAGCCUGCAGCCCCCACCCCCCCUCCUGGGCCCCCUGCCUUGGUUGGCACGUCUCCGCCCCCUCGCCUUACAGAGGUCCCCGGCGCCAGGGGCCACGCCAAGGAGGUCUACCAGCUGGUGGCGCUGGGUACAGGCAGCAGCAGCUGUGCCCGCCGGCUGCAGUUCUCGGGCCGGCAGCUCCACGAUGGCCACGGGCUGGUGGUGGCCCGCCGGGCCCUGCGCAGGUUCUUGUUCCGGCAGCUCCUGUUGGCGACACAGGGUGGCCCCAAGGGCAAGGAACGGUCGGUGCUGGCCCCCCAGCCUGGGCCCGGGCCCCCCUUUGCCCUCAAGCCCCGGAUCUUCCUGCACCUGUUUAUCAGCAACACCCCCAAGGGAGCUGCUCAUGACAUCUACCUCCCACCAUCCGCAGAGGGCAGCCUCCUGCACAGCCCGUCCUCCCGCAUGCAGGCCCACAUCUGCGGGGAGCUGAGGCCUGUGUGCUACGUAGCGCCCGCCCUGCGCAACACCCACGUGGGCUGCCUCUCCACCAGCGACAAGCUGGCACGCUGGGUCGUGCUAGGGCUGGGUGGCGCCCUGCUCGCCCACUUCCUGCCUCCCCUCUAUGCCACCAGCCUUGUCCUGGCCGACCCCUGCCACGACCCCACAACUCUGAGCAGGGCCAUCCACACCCGGCCCAACCUAGACGGGGUCUUGGGGCCCUACGCCCGUACCACGCUGCACCUGUUUGCCGGGCCCCCUGUGGCCCCCUCGGAUCCCACCUCCAGUGCCUGCCAUGGCCUGAGCGUCAACUGGAGCCUGGGGGACACCGACGUUGAGGUUGUGGAUAUGGCCACCGGGCGUGUGAAGGCCGAGGCCUCCCUCGGGCCUCCCUCCCGCCUCUGCAAGGCAGCCUUUCUCCGGGCCUUCCGCCAGGCUGCCAGAGCUCUUGGGAAGUCCUGCCUCCUGGCCUUGAAGACCUACGAGGCAGCCAAGGCUGGACCCUACCAGGACGCUCGCAGGCAGCUGUCUCUCCUCCUGGACCAGCAGGGCCUGGGGGCUUGGCCCUCAAAACCACUCGUGGACAAAUUCAGAGACUGAAACCGACCUGCUGAAGCGGACGAGGUCCCCGAGCCAAGCUG